GGGUACAGGUGGGUGGCACUGCUGGGCACAGGUGGGUGGGUGGGCACAGGUGGGUGGCACUGCUGGGCACAGGAAGGUGGCACUUCUGGGGACAGGUGGGUGCAUUGCUGGGCACAGGUGGGUGAUCUGCUGGGCACAGGUGGGUCAUCUGCUGGGCACAGGUGGGCGGAGCUAGUGGGCGCACUGCUGAGCACAGGUGGGCGGAACUUGUGGGUGGCACUGCUGGGCACGAUGAUCGGUGCCGAUCCUCGCUCUGACAACUGCCGGUUCACGGCAGUACUUUCCUCACGAUCUGACAGCGUGAGGAAAGUGCAGCCGAGAACCGGCAAUUGC